UUAUAUUAUCAAAAAUAUCCUAAUUUCUUUAUUAAAAAAAAUUAAUAUAAAAAGAUAUAUUUCAAUCAAUCUAUAAAAAUGGGAAAGAAAACUAAGUAAAAUUAAGUUGCAGAGACUGUCUAAGAAAACAGUAAUAAAACUAAAACUGUUGAAUCUACUCCAGCUCCAGUUUAGCAAAAGGUUGAGAAAAAAGAAUAGAUCAACAAGCAACCUAAGGAGAAUGGUAAUACAUAAGAAACCAAUGAAGAAUAGAACCAAAAAGUUUAAUUGUUCGGUCUCUAUUUCCAUAGCUCAAAGGUUUUAAAUACUUUCUUAUUCUUCGCUGUUGGUAUGAUUAUUGCUCCAAUUGCUACCUAUUUCUUCACUUUUAACUACUUGGAAAAUAUUCCUGAAAUAACUAAAAAUUAAGCUUAAAUGUACUCUGGCUUUAUCUCUGUUGGUGUUGUUGUCUUAUUUAUGAUUGGAUACUGUGUAAUUGCUAUCACUGAUGAAACUAACUUCAAGUACGAAUAAAAUGAAUAUGAAAAGCUUACUGAAAAGGAAAAGAAAGAAAUAUCUAAAGAAAAAAUUACUGAAGCCUUCGAAGAGACAGCUUUAGAGCAUGGUAUCAAAGAAGUUGUAAGAAAGUAAAAAAAACCUGUUGAGAAUCAAGAUUCUAAGAAAAAAUCUGAAGCACCAAAGCAAGAAGUGAAAAAGGAAGAAACCAAAAAUCAAAAGAAAGAAGAACCCAAGCAAUAAGCAAAGGAGGAAACCAAAAACUAAAAGAAGGAACAACCCAAAGCUUCCAAGAAAGAAGAAGAAUCUAAAUCAGUAAAGAAAGAAGAACCUAAAUCAGUAAAGAAAGAAGAUGCUAAAGUUGCUUAAAGCAAAGAAGAAAAUAAAACUUAAAAGAAAGAAGACCCUAAAAAGGGAAGUGAAAAGUAACAAACUUCUGCAACUGAAACUGCUAAAGGUAAGGAAAAACAAGGCAAAACUGAACCUAAAAAGGAAGCAAAAGGAAAGGCUGACUUAAAGAAGGAAAGCACUCAAUAAGCAGCCCCUACUUCAACUUAAGCAAAGGCUGCAACUGCUGUUAAAGUAGCUAAUGAUUCAUCAAAUGAUGAAUGGAAUGUUGUUAAGGACAGAAGAAAUCCUAAGCCUGUUAAUAAUGAAGAAAGUGAAUAACCCUCAGAGAAUACUUAAAAAGAAAAAGUAUAAACUGCUGAAAGUGAUGAUGCUUUUAUUCCUGUAACAAAUAAGAAGAAAAAAUGA